UCAGCUUUGUAUGUUUUUUUUUUGGUAAGAGAGAGCGUCACUGUGACAAAAGUAGAUUGGCGAUCAAGAAAGUGAAGCUAAAACGAUGAGCGAAGCUCCAAAGCUUUACACCAACAAACCCAAAAAGGCGCAACUGAAACAAUUUCAAGAGCAGCAACAGAAAGCCCAGGAGUUCCCUUCAUCGUCGUCGUCGUCAUCAAUGGGGCCUCAGUCUUCAGCUCCGCCUCCUCAGCAGCCCCCAAAAGAGUCAUUUGCUCGGCGCUACAAGUUUGUCUGGCCCAUGCUCUUGGCUGUGAAUGUUGCUGUUGGAGCGUACUUCGUUACGAGGACAAAGAAGAAACAGACAGAUGUAGAGGAAGAGGUUGCGGCGACGCCUGUUUCAACAAAGGCUGCAACAACUACUCUUGUUCCUGAAAAACCCUUACCCUUUCCAACCAUCACAGAGGCUGUGAAAUCAAGGGAACCCAUUCCAGAGGAUCAGCAGCGCGAACUUUUCAAGUGGUUAUUGGAAGAGAAAAGGAAGAUCAAAACAAAAGAUCCUGAAGAAAAAAAGCGCAUUGAUGAAGAGAAAGCCAUUCUCAAACAAUUUAUUCGAGCAAAAUCUAUACCGAGUAUCUAAGUAUUGAACAUUCACUAUCAACUUUAGAGACGACUAGAAAGUAUCAUCUUUUGGUUUCCUUUUUCCAUGUUAAUUGACAUUGAAUGUAGUUUAUACUCAUGUUGAAUAUCAAUGGAUUCCCAACUCUGUUUGAAUUAUAUCUUUAAAAA